AUGAGAUCACGAGACCAAGCCAGUUCACAUCCUCUUCUCUUGGUCUUCGAGUGCUGGGACCCUAUCUUCUCUCGCUCGAUUGGGCGCUACUUGCCUAUUGACAGAAGUCAUCUCCGAAAAAGUCUUCGUGCUCAACUCGCUUUGUUUGUUGAUGUCACAAGGGCUGGAAGAGGAAUUGCCCGAUUCGAUGUUGGAGCUGCGGAGCUUCCUUACCUUACCAAUGAAGCCUGA